AUGUGGUCCCUCGCGAGCAGUCUUUUUGCCCCCUUCUGGUUCGUCUUUCCGGAGAUCAUACUCUAUGGCACUCGAAAAUCUACAGGAGCCUUUGCUGUGUUACUUGCUUUAGACAUCUACAUAGUUAUGACUCGACGGAAGCAAGCCAACGGCUCGUCCACUAAGGCUAACGUGGCUGUUCUUGCUGUUGGUGCCCUGAUGUUUAUGAUGGCAACAUUGCACAUCUGCGCAUCUCUGUACAAUUCCUACUUUUACAACCUUCUGAACUCUGUUGAGCUUAUUUAUGCGAGCGUUCAAAAUCAGCUGUCACAGAGCACACGAGAAUGUUUGGAUCAAAAUCAGAGCUCAUUGCCCUUGUCAGUGCAUGUCAUUGUCACUACCGAAUUCAAAAUUACGGCUUCGCAAGAAGUUCAGAUGGUUGCGUUCGUCGUGCAGCUAUGGCUGGGGGAUGGGUUCAUGUUCUUGGAUCUGAAGGGAGUGCGCCCCAGACUGCACAGUGACGAGCUUUACUACCCCAUCGUCAUGAACGCGAUUGUUCCUAUAAUUGGAAUCGCGUUUUCGCUGAUUGUCAUUCGAAUGGGCCUGGGUGUCACCACGGAGAUGCACCUUCAGACGUCAGGGGCCGGGCGGACUAUCCCGAGGAGUGCAGGGCACAGCUGGACCGGUACAAACUCGAUUAUGCUAUUUGCGCCGGGCCCGUCGACCAACACUGAAGACCCGGAGUCAAAGACGACAUUUUGA